GUAGAUUAAGUUAUACAACAGGCCUAGUUAUGGCUAAGCUAUCUUUUUUUAUAUCUCUGUGUAGUGAGAGAGUGCACUCUGCUCCAUUUACCUGCAAAGUGAUGUUUACCCUCAUCUCCACCUCCAUGGAAACAUGACCAAAACCGUUCGAUAUCACCUAGCUCACACGCUUACCUGUCAUUCUGCAGCGAGGAGAAGUGCGACCUGCCAGCGCUGAACACUUGCUUACGCAGAUUUAAGUAGUAAUGGAGGCUCUUCUGCAGGGGCGAACAGAGAGGCUCUUCAUGGCUGCGGAAGAUUUCAUACUGUCUCUUUUGUGUACAUUUGGUGACUGGUACAACAGCUCGGGGCAGGCGGAGCGCCUCGGAAGACAGUUUGCCCUGACUAACACCUCUCGUACGGCAAUGGAGUUGUUUGUUCAAGAGUGGCAGGUUUUUCUCCCUCCUCUGCAUAUGAGGGUUUUCCAGAUCUGCCCCAUCCUAGGAUUUCUGGCUGUAUUUUUAACCACACCAAUCAUCCUGGCCCGGAUCCUUUCCCGAGCUCACUUGCGGCAGCAGACACGCUACCUUCUCCUGGCCAAUGCCUUGCUUAGUGACCUUCUCUUUGUGGCUCUCUACAUGCUAACUACCUGUUUGAAUGCAGCUACUGUGCUGAUGUCAGACUUGGCCUGUGCUGCCAUGCUGUUCCUAAUGGGCAUCUUUUACAGCGGUGGGAUCUUCAGUGCCACUGCCAUAGUACUGGACACUUCCUUGGCUAUUUUAGCACCAUUACGCUAUGCUAUGCUGUGGCCGAUCUCCAGAACCUAUGCAGCUAUCGUUACUAUCUGGGCCAUUUCUAUCUUCUUCCCCGCUGCAUCUGUGGGUCUCUUCCUGUGGUACCACACAAUGAGCCCCUGCGCCCAACACAUCUGCUCUCUGCCUCUGGUGCUAGUUCUAACUGUUAGCCACUCAAAGCCCCUCCAGGUGUGCAUGUUGCUAACUGUUACUGCUGUACUAAUCACCCUGCUGCUGGUGGUCUCUGGUUAUGUGGUGCUGUACUGUCAUACCAGCAAGUCCGGAGUGUGGAGAGGAGAGCAGUCAUCACGGGCUAAGGGAACGUUUCUUGUUCACUAUCUCCACCUGUUCCUGUCUGUGUGUCCCAUGCUGCUGCUGAUCAUUGAGUUGCUGCUGUACAGCUACAGCAGUGAACUACAUCCUAGUGUAGGCCUUUGGGUCUCGCUGGUGCUCUGCAACAUCCUGCUGGUUUUGCCCAAAGCCCUGGCACCCUACCUGUAUGGGCUCAGGUACAGGGACCUGCGUGGGGCUCUGCUGGAUUUCUUUAGGCUGAAUAGACCAAGGGCCAUCACACCUGUGAUGUGACUGCUAAAACAUUUCUAAAACAAUUUUUUAUGAAGAUUGUGUAAAGGAGUUCAUUUAAGUUUCCUUAGAUUUAACCUUCUAAAGAUUUCAGCUGCUGCUAAAAGUUGUAUUUUAUGCCUUUUAAUGCCUUUUAAUUUAAUACAUGAUUCUGGACAAAGUUAAACAUUAAUAUUAAACUGAUUAACAUUCUUAUCCUGGGAACAUGCACAUAUUUAUAAAAUGCUCCAUUUAACACCCUUAGUACUGUUUGACUUAUAUUAUAUGCAAUGGAUAUAAAGAUAUACGUCUACACGACGCUGUUAAAAUGGCAGGUUUUUAUGCUGGAAAAUAAAUGAAACCAAUAUCAGAAGUUUUCACGACUUUAUUGUAAAAAAUGUAAAGUGUACAAAUAAAACAAAAUAAAAAAUAACCCCAGCCUGAAACAGAUUUAGGGGGAGGCGAGACCUUCUGAUUUUAUUCCAUGACUCAUUCUUUUUGGGUAGGGGUCUUUUAGAAAGGCAUGGUGAUAAUCUAGAUCCAUUAAAUUGUAAGGGUAUCUCCUGUGCACAGCCUGCUUCAGUCAGCACACAGGUUUUUAGCUGGAUUCAGGUCUGGGCUCUGGCUAGAGUGUUCAGAAACAUGGAUCAAGUUGGAUAAGCCAUUCCUUUGUUGAUGUGGAUGUAUAUGCUUUAGUUUGUUGUCAUGCUGAAAAAUUCCUAAAUCUAAAAUUCCUAUUUAU